AUGCGCUGGGCUUGGGCCGCCGCCACGGUCCUCUGGCUGCAGGUCAUGCUCCUUGGGGGCAUCGGGGCGCGGCGGGAGCCCAAGAGGCCACGGCAGCCCAGCCAGCGCACAGAGCCCCCCACGGCCACCGCGUCCAACAGCGAGGGGCUGCUCCGCUCCCCCAAGCCACCUGAGGUCCUGGGGUCUGAGUUCUCAGACGCCCACAUGACAUGGCUGAACUUCGUCCGGCGGCCAGAUGAGGGGGCCUCGAAGACACGGUGCCGGGGCCGGGACAAGAAGUCGCGAGGCCUCUCUGGCCCUCCCGGGCCCCCCGGACCCCCCGGGCCCCCCGGACCCCCCGGUGCUACAGUCACCCAGGAGGCCCUGCUGCGAGAGUUUCAGGAGAUGCUGAAAGAGGCCACCGAGCGCCGGUUCUUGGGGCUGCUGGGCCCAUUGCUGCCUGAGGGGACAGGGGGGCGGCUGGUGGCCGAGGCUUUCCACUGUGCACUGAAGGGCCCCAUGGUGGUGGACGAGAAGACGCUGGUGGAGCUGCAUGGCUUCCAGGCUCCCACGGCCCAGGGCGCCUUCCUGCGGGGGUCUGGCUUGAGCCUGGCCUCGGGCCGGUUCACAGCCCCAGUGACGGCCAUCUUCCAGUUUUCCGCCAGCCUGCAUGUGGACCACAGGGAGCUGCAGGGCAGGGCGCGGCCGCGGGCUAGGGACACAGUGCGGGUGCUCGUCUGCAUUGAGUCCCUGUGUCAUCGACACACGUCCCUGGAGGCCAUCUCAGGCCUGGAGAGCCGGGGCAGGGUCUUCACCGUGCAUGUGGAGGGGCUGCUGCAAUUGCAGGCUGGACAGUAUGCCUCCGUCUUUGUGGACAACGGCUCCGGGACAACCCUCACCAUCCAGAGUGGCUCCAGCUUCUCCGGCCUGCUCCUGGGCACGUGA